ACUGUGCUAGCUUCACAAUUUUCAAAUCGAAAAAAGGUUUCUAUUAAUGAUUUAAUACCUUUCCAUAAACUGAAAUUUAUGUCCAUAAGCAAAAACAAAGAGAAAUUCCAACCAAAUGAAUAAAAAAAUAAUUAGAAAAAGUGUUAGUUUACAUUAUAAAUGAGUGUUCACAAACAAUAAUAAUCACAUACAUGCCUAUCCUCGUUUUCCAUACACAUUCUCAUCACUUUCUUCUUUCUUUAGUAAUCACUGUCACCAUCAUCAGGCAUGGGUCGCCGUAAGAUCGAGAUUAAGAUGGUGAAAGACACCAACACAAGGCAGGUCACAUUCUCCAAACGAAGAACCGGUCUUUUCAAGAAAGCCAACGAACUUUCUAUUCUCUGCGGAUCCGAGGUUGCUAUUGUGGUCUUCUCUCCGGGAAACAAGCCUUACUCCUUCGCCCACCCCACCGUCGACGCUGUCGUCGCCAAGUUCCUCAUCCAAAACCCUGAGCGGCGUGGUGGAGGCGAUGAUGACGAGGACAGCAGCGAUGAUAAUGAUGGUGGUGCUGAUCCAGACACCUUGGACCAUUUGUUCAAGGAGACUGUGGAACAGGUGCGCGUGGAGGAAAAAGUGGGCGCGGCGCGUGAAAAGGCUAUCAAAGAGGUUGUUGAGGGAGGGAAGAAAUGGUGUGAGAUUGGUGAAUUGAGUGAACUGAAAAGGAGGGUGAGGGAGCGUCUUACUAUGUUGGAGACAGUUGAGUCCAUGAUGCUUCUUUCACAUGAACCUGUGGUGAUGGGAACCACUGUGGAUAACCAUCUUUCUAAAAUCAAGAGGAGAAGAUCAAUGAUGUAAUGGUAAUGAUUAAUUCUUAAUUAGUAAUUAGCAUCAACUAUAGUUAUAUUUUGCCCCAAAUUUCCGCCACUAGUUCCAUGGGUGGAAUACUGUAAUUUCAUCAAUAAGCUCUUUAUUAUAUUUUGCUUGUCUUGAAUUUCUAGUUUAAUUUGUAAAUGAAUUAAAAGAUGAGAAUCUUUUUCAAUUAUUAGCAUACAUGCAUGGAUUAUGUUUUAUGUGGAAUUUAAUUUCUAAGUAU